GAGUGGCAAUACUCCCUGCUCUAAGAGAACUCACGCAACCACUUGUUCGUCUUGUUGUAUACGACAAAAAAGUCUUCUGCUAUGCACGGAAAUCGAAAACUACACAGAAUGGACAAAUAAGACUCAUCAACAUUUAAAAUUGUAUUAUAUAUGGAAUAGGUCGCGUUAUAUAAGAAACCUCACCUUCUCCAGCUAUUCCAGCACCUCUCUGCAGUGUCGUUUGUACCUUCGGCCCGAUCAUGUCUCGUCUACCAAUCGGUUAUUUGACAAGAAAAGAGCAUUUCAGUGCUUGCCACAGACUUCAUAGCCCACAACUUAAUGAUGAACAGAACAAAGAAAUUUACGGCAAGUGCAACAAUUUCCAUGGUCAUGGACACAACUACAUUGUGGAAGUAACUUUGCGUGGCCCUAUCGACCGUGCAACUGGAAUGGUCAUGAAUAUUAGUGAUUUGAAAGUUUACAUGAAGAAGGCAAUAAUGGAGACAAUGGAUCACAAAAAUAUUGAUAAAGACGUCCCUUAUUUCAAGGAUAUUGUCAGCACAACAGAGCAUGUUGCAGUUUUUGUAUGGGAUGGAGUGAAGGCUCAGCUUCCGAAUCCUGAACUUAUGUACGAGGUGAAGAUUUAUGAAACAGAAAAUAACAUAAUUCGCUUCCGGGGCGAGUAUACCAACUGAAAGAUGUAACAUUAUCAGGUAUUCAAUAAAUAUUAAGGAACUCCAAUGCAAAAA